UUCUCUCCCGCAAAAAAAUGCUAAGUCAAUUUAAUAAGGCUUUCUUUACGUUUUAGAGUUUAUAUGAAGAUAAUUUCUUUAGUGCAAUUGUUACUUGGGGUCCUUUAAGACCAGGGCAACAGGUUUGACAGGUGUAUCGGAAGUGAAGGCAGUUUCACCUGCGCCAGGUGUGAGAAGUCCAAAUCCUGAUAUUCGGCGUCUCCAACCCUCGCAAAACAAAGUCCGCUUUCAGUAAAAAAAAAAAAAAAAUGAACAACCCAAUUCCAUCCAACCUAAAGUCUGAAGCUAAAAAGGCUGCUAAAAUCCUGCGGGAAUUCACUGAGAUUUCCAACAGACAAGGCCCCGACAAGCUUAUUCCAGCCCAUGUGAUCGCCAAAGCUUAUGGACUGGCAAUCUUAUCAGUCAUCAAAGCAGGAUUCAUGAUCACUGCUCGAGGGGGAAGUGGGAUAGUGAUUUCUCGUCUUGCUGAUGGAAGAUGGUCAGCUCCCACAGCCAUCGGUAUCGCUGGUCUUGGUGGAGGCUUUGAAAUUGGGCUGGAGGCUUCUGACUUUGUCAUCAUCUUAAAUCAGCGGCGGGCUGUGGAAGCUUUCAGUAAAGGGGGAAACCUUACAUUUGGAGGGAACUGCACUGUGGCUGUUGGCCCUCUUGGCAGGAAUUUGGAGGCGGAUGUGGCAUUCCGAAGCACUGCGGCUGUCUUCUCCUAUUGCAAAUCACGUGGCCUCUAUGCUGGAGUUUCUCUUGUUGGCUCCUACCUGAUGGAACGUAAAGACACUAAUAGAAAAUUCUAUGGCCAAGAUAUUCGUGCAUCUGCUAUUCUCAAUGGAGAUGUGGAACCACCUCCAGAAGCCUAUGACCUGUAUGCUAUUUUGGAGGACUACACUGAAAAGUACACCACUGAUUGGCAGAGCAAGUACAUGAAUCCUAAUAAGAAGAGUAUAGCCCCAACCAGACCUGCACCUCCAAGCCAGAGAUCAUCAGCUUACACUCCAAGGGCUCAAGCUUCAUUUGCAGAAGCAAGGCCACCUCUCUAUCCCAGUCUUCAGACAUGGGGAUCUCAAAACUCAGAUGAAGCAUCAGGUGGUGCGCUUGUAGUGACGGCAAUGCAUGAGUUCAGUGGGCAGCAGCCCGGUGAUCUGAGCUUUGCUGUCGGUGAUCGCAUCACUGUCACCACAAAGACGGACUCUCAGUACGACUGGUGGGAGGGAGAGCUGAGAGGACAGGUCGGCAUUUUUCCUGCCAACUUUGUCUCUCUCAACUGAGCAUGGAAAGACACUUUUGGCAUUAAAGGAUCCUUUUUUCAAGGAUCAUUUUAAAAUGAAGUUCUUUUCCUGGCAUUACAAAAUGUUCGGUUUCAGUUGAUCAUUCUCACUUACAGUGUUUUACAGUAGUGACUCAUAU